GCGGCCACCCCGGUUUGCGUCGGCGUCUUCUGCGGCGUCCUCCGGUGUCCUCGCAGCCCUCGAAGCUCGGACCGGACCCCGAGAGUCAUGGAGAUGAAGGCCGUGUGCGUGCUGAAGGGCCAGGGCCCGGUCGAGGGCACCAUCCACUUCGUACAGAAGGGCAAUGGGCCUGUUGUGGUAUCAGGAACCAUUACAGGAUUGACUGAAGGAGAGCAUGGAUUCCACGUCCAUCAGUUUGGAGAUAAUACACAAGGCUGUACCAGUGCAGGCCCUCACUUUAAUCCUCUAUCCAAAAAACAUGGUGGGCCAAAAGAUCAAGAGAGGCAUGUUGGAGACCUUGGCAAUGUAACUGCUGGCAAGGACGGUGUGGCCAACGUGUCUAUGGAAGAUUCUCUGAUUGCGCUCUCAGGAGACCAUUCCAUCAUUGGCCGCACGAUGGUGGUCCACGAGAAACGAGAUGACUUGGGCAAAGGUGGAAAUGAAGAAAGUACGCAAACGGGAAACGCUGGGAGUCGUUUGGCUUGUGGUGUCAUUGGGAUCGCCAAGUAAAUAUUCCCUAGGAUGCGAUCUGAGUCCUAGUAACUCCUAUGUUAUCUUGCUAGUUGUAGAAAUUUAACUUGAUAAACAUUAAACACUGUAACUUUAAAAGUGUAA